UGCCCUCCCAGCGCGCGGGGGCGCGAGCGAGCUGGAGACCAUCCAGGAGCGCUACAUGACCUGCCUGAAGACUUACGUAGACAACCAGUUCCCCCAGCAGCCGUGCAGAUUCCACGAUCUGCUCGUCCGUCUGCCAGAGGUGCAGUCGGCGGCGGCGCUAUUGCUGGAAAGCAAAAUGUUCUACGUGCCGUUCCUCCUCAACUCAGCCAUUCAACGGUAGUGCAGGAGGGGACGGAUUUUAUUUUAUCUUGCUGUGAUGUGAUUGUAAAAAGAACCAUUUUGUGGCUUAUAUUUUGAGAAAGUGAUGUGAGUGUGUAUGUGUGAGUGCGUAUGUAUGUAUGUAAGUAUGUAUGUAAGUAUGUAUGUAUGUAUGUAAGUAUGUAAGUAUGUGUGUGUGAAGGCGCCGUACUGGGCGGCCCCAUCAUCUCAUUGUAAGUUAUGUCAUGCAUCAUCCACAGAAUGGGCCGCCUGAUUUGUACAUAGUAUAAAUUGUAUAAAUAUAUA